UCCUACAUUCUUCCGUUCUCUGAAGUGCUCGACUGGAAAAGAGCCUCUGUGGUUAUUCCAGAAGAAAAAUUGUCAGAGAUGUACACCAUCCUAAAGAGCAUUCCUCAUAGACAAGUCGAGGAAAUGCAAAGACAGGCCCGUUGGUUCUGGGAGGCCUACUUCAGUUCCAUGAAAGCCAUCGGCUUGACUACGCUCCAGAUCAUCAAUGACCGCAUUUACCCAUAUGCUGCACGUACUUAUGAGCAGUGGAACAAUCCACCUGUUGUGAAGUGGUCCAGUGUAAACAGCCCACUUUUCCUUCCACUUAUCCCACCAAGAGCUCCGGGGUUCACAGCAGUCGUGCUGACCUACGAUCGCAUCGAGAGUCUUUUCCGGGUCAUCACGGAGAUUUCCAAGGUGCCGAGUUUGGCUAAAUUGUUGAUCGUUUGGAAUAAUCAGAACAAGAGUCCUCCUGAAGAGUCUCUUUGGCCAAAGGUCGGCGUCCCUCUAAAAGUGAGAACCAAAGAAAACAAACUGAGCAACCGCUUCUUCCCGUACGACGAGAUUGAAACAGAAGCAGUGCUGGCGAUUGAUGAUGACAUCAUUAUGCUAACAUCUGAUGAAUUGCAGUUUGGCUACGAGGUGUGGAGGGAGUUCCCCGACAGGCUGGUGGGCUACCCGGGCCGGCUGCACCUCUGGGACCACGAAAUGGGAAAGUGGAAGUACGAGUCGGAGUGGACCAAUGAGGUUUCCAUGGUUCUGACCGGCGCUGCCUUUUACCACAAGUACUUCAAUUAUUUGUACACAUACAAAAUGCCCGGAGACAUUAAGAACUGGGUGGACGCUCAUAUGAACUGUGAAGAUAUUGCGAUGAACUUCCUCGUGGCAAACAUCACAGGCAAAGCCCCAAUAAAGGUGACCCCAAGGAAAAAGUUCAAGUGUCCUGAAUGUACUGCUAUUGACGGCCUGUCUCUGGAUCAGACACACAUGGUGGAGAGGUCUGAGUGCAUCAACAAGUUUGCGUCGGUUUUUGGAACGAUGCCUCUGAAGGUGGUGGAGCACCGUGCAGAUCCAGUGCUCUAUAAAGACGACUUUCCAGAGAAACUCAAGAGCUUUCCGAACAUCGGCAGCCUGUGACCCAGCUGCAGAAAACGAAUGGACAUCUCAGAGUCUCAGCACUGCGAGAGAGUCACCGUCAGCUACGUCUUUCAAGUCAAGAUGCCAGUUCGAACCACAAAAUCUACUUUGCCCAUCUCAUUUGAGUGACUUUCGGUUACUUGUGGGAACUUUAAUUUACAGCACAGAACAAUCCUGAAUGCUAAACACAUUGUCAGCUGAAAAUAUUAGAUGAGACACAAUGUUAUUUUAGCAACACUGACGUUACAUGAAGUGCCGCUGAGUUC